AUCUUUGUACAGUGGCUCCUGUCAGUGCAGCUGGUGACUGAAGUGUUUCUCUGUGUUAACCAGUUGCUGAACAGAAGCGACCAUGGCUCCUGCAACGAAGAACAGAGUGUUUGUCAUCGGUGUGGGGAUGACAAAGUUUGACAAGCCUGGAGCUCGAGGCGACUAUGACUACCCUGAUAUGGCCAAAGAAGCAGGUGAAAAGGCCCUUGCAGAUGCAGGAAUCCCAUAUUCUGACAUCGAACAAGCCUGCGUAGGAUAUGUAUACGGGGACUCCACAUGUGGGCAGAGGGCCAUUUACCACAGUCUGGGCCUUACCGGGAUCCCCAUCAUGAACGUCAACAAUAACUGCUCCACAGGCUCCACUGCUCUCUUCAUGGCACGCCAGCUGGUCCAGGGAGGUCUUGCAGAUUGUGUGCUUGCUCUUGGGUUUGAGAAGAUGGAGAGAGGAUCUUUGUCGUCAAAGUAUAUGGACAGGACCAAUCCGAUGGACAAGCACAUGGAGGUGAUGAUUAACCGUUAUGGGAUGGCGGCAGCUCCAGGAGCACCACAGAUGUUUGGCAAUGCUGGCAGGGAGCACAUGGAGAAAUAUGGCACUAAACCAGAGCACUUUGCCAAAAUUGCCUGGAAAAACCACAAGCAUUCCACCAACAACCCGUAUUCCCAGUUCCAGGACGAGUACAGUUUGGAGCAGGUGAUGAAGUCCAGGAAGGUCUUUGAGUAUCUCACUCUUUUGCAGUGCUGCCCUACGUCAGACGGUGCUGGAGCAGCAGUCUUGGUGAGCGAGGAAUUUGUCAGGCGUCACCAUCUGGAGAACCAAGCAGUGGAGAUCGUAGCUCAAGAGAUGGUGACAGAUACCGCUUCUACCUUUAAUGAAAACAGCUGCAUUAAGAUGGUGGGAUAUGACAUGUCUCGAUUGGCCGCCAAGAAGUGUUACGAGGCUGCGGGUCUGAAGCCCAGUGAUGUUGAUGUGAUCGAGCUGCAUGACUGCUUCUCAGCCAAUGAGCUCAUCACGUACGAGGCUCUGGGGCUGUGCCCUGAAGGUAAAGCGGGAGAGCUGAUUGACAGAGGGGACAACACUUAUGGUGGCAAGUUUGUGGUCAACCCCAGUGGUGGUCUCAUCUCUAAAGGACAUCCUCUGGGUGCCACAGGUCUGGCCCAGUGUGCAGAGCUGUGCUGGCAGCUCCGCGGACAGGCCGAGAGGAGGCAGGUUCCAGGAGCAAAAGUGGCCUUGCAACACAACAUUGGCUUAGGAGGAGCUGUGGUUGUCACUCUGUACAGGAUGGGAUUCCCACAGGGGGCCAGAUCCCACAUAGCCGCAGUUCCCACCAGCUCAGGCAGCAGUCUGGAGGGGUUUAAAGCUUAUCCUGUAUUCAAAGAGAUGGAAAAACAUCUACAGGAGGAAGGAGAGAAAGUCGUCAAGAAGAUUGGCGGAGUGUUUGCUUUCAAAGUGAAAGAUGGACCAGAUGGGAAGGAGGCGACUUGGGUGGUGGAUGUGAAAAAUGGCAAAGGUUCUGUCAGCAAUGAUCCAGGUAAAAAGGCAGACUGCACCAUAGCCAUGAGUGAUGAGGAUCUUCUGGAUCUUAUGACAGGAAAGCUGAACCCACAAACGGCGUUCUUCAAAGGGAAGCUGAAGAUCACAGGGAACAUGGGCAUGGCUAUGAAGCUACAGAACCUCCAGGUUGCCCCAGGCAAAGCCAAACUGUGAGACCCUGCAGAAGUUUGAUUGGAAAACUUCAUCCCUCCUAUGGAAACUGUAAUUUUGCUAAUCAACAAGCUCACUGAAUACUAAAAUAAUGUGUUUAGUUUUAGAAGACGAUCAAUACAGUUUCGAUUCCAGCUGCUACUUUGAUAUCAGGUUUGUCGUUAAGCUCCACAUUGUUGGAUCUUGGCCCAUUACCUUCAAAUCAAAUUGUAGAAACAUCCAGUGAGUCGUUACAUAUAGGAGCUGCAUGUUUUUUCUGCCGCUUCAAUGUAUGCAACAACAGAUUUCAAGAAAAGUGAGUAGCUCCUCUGUAUUUUGUUAAUAAUGUAGUCAAAACACUCAAUGUGCCUCUGAUUUCUGCCACUUCUAGCCUGAGCUAUUUUGAUAGAUAAUUUUCUAAAGAAUACAUGUCUGUAAAUCAUAGCAAUCAUCUAAUUUUUAAAAAAACAAAUAAAUCUUUAACUGAAAAUAACAA